UAUUUUCUUAGGUGUGAAUGAACUCGGGCCGGGGCCGUAGGCCUCAAGUGCUCCAUGAUGACCAGAAGACUCUGUCCACUCCUGGUCUCGGUUUUCCUGGUCUUACACGGAGCUGUGUUGGUUUGGGGGAAGUCGAACUUCAGACAAAUGGAGAAAAAGAUCUUGGACAGCAUCAUUGGCCCAGGCAGAUAUGACAGCAGGAUACGUCCUCACGGUAUCAAUAAUACAGACGUGCCCCUGGAGAUUCCACAAAGCUCAGACAGAAGUCAUAAGAAAUGAUUGGCUCAACAGGAUUUCUAGGUAAGAAGCAUAUAGGGCUGAAAGCUCGGAUGACCUCAGUGGUCUCUCCAGAGUCCCAUGAUUGGCUUAGUUGCCAUAGAGAUUCCUUCUUAUGACUUCUGAGUGGUCGGACAUUUUGGAAUGUGCACAUAUGUAAGAAAACAACAGACUAGCAAAGAAUAAUCCCCACAGAAAGGAUAGAAAAACGAAAAUGUUGUGGACAGAAAGAGAGUGCUAGAAAAGAUUUUAGCGCUUACAUCGAAAUGUGGAGUACAGAAUAAAAUACUUUCGUUUAAAAAACAGAGAA